AUAAAAUUUGUCAACAAAAUAUUGAAUAAUAAUCUCGAAGACGUGUUAUAUAAGUUUAGUGUAAUAGUACAUACAAAUUACCUAUUAAAAAUUAAAAUCACUUAUCGUAGUGGGCUAGUAGUGUGCCGAGAAAUACUUUUUUCAUAUUGCAAAACUAGCAAUGGCUUUGCAAUCAAUUUUUUAUGGACUUUUAGUGCUAUUAACGAUGGUGGCUUACAAACAACGAAAAUGUUGGUAUUUUAUAUGGCAAGUUAAUGGGUGGCGUGGUGUAAUCCAACAACCAGCAUUGUGGAUUUUAUUGAUGUGUUCUGUGGACCCAAAGAGUAUUAUGACAAGUAUUCACAAUUUUGGCAAAUAUUUUCAAUUUCCCUUGGCUAUAUUACUAUUCGAUCGUGUCCUCCUGUAUGUCGAUGAUCCUGUUACCUUGGAAGGUGUACUGACAUCACCAGAAUGUUUAAAUAAAACAUUUUUGCAGAAUGGUUUCUUUGCCAAUAAGGGUUUGCUGCAUGCAAAGGGUGAUGACUGGAAAAUACGCCGUAAACAACUAAAUCCAGCCUUCAGCCACAAUACACUCAUCAGUCUUCUUAAUGAUUUCAAUCGAGUGGCAACAAUUUUGAAAGAUCAGCUGCAAAGUGAAUUGCAGAGCAACCAAAUUUCAUUUAUACAUUUGGAAGAAUUGGUGAAUAGAGCCGUGUUGGAGGUAUCAUGUUUAACUACAAUGGGCGUAUCAACCAACUUCACUCAGGAGGAUAAUAGAGGCAUUGCAUUGGCUUACAGAUAUUUAAUGGAACUUACUGCUCUGAGGAUUUUGAAGCCAUGGUAUCAAAUCAAAGCCGUAUUUCGUUUUUUGGACAAGAAAAAAUUCGAUAUUACACAAAAAGCUAAAGCAUUGGUGCAUGGAUUUGUGGAAAAUGUAUGA